AUGUGGAGAACAACGAAAAUGUCGACGAAUUUCCUUAAAGUUUUAAAACUAAAAACCAUAACGAAAUAUGUAAGGCCAAAACACGUCUUUCAUUCUUACACAACAUCCUUAAAAAAUCCUUUCUUCAUGAACAUGCAAAAGAACUUAAAAUUUAAUUAUGAAUUUUCUUCGCCCUCUCCAGAUGGAUUUGCGAAAAUGACUCAAUUUGUAGUGAAAGCUUUCACGAAAUUGGUUGAGACUUUAGCACAAAUUCCAAUUUCCCUAAAAGCUUUACCACAAAUCGCUGAGAGAAAAACGCAGAGUUGGAAAAAUAAUAUAAAGUUUCCUAAUGUACUAUGGAGGAAAAGUUUUACAUCAUCAACUACCACCACAGAGCUGUUAAAACUAAAGGAUGAAGCAUCGGAGCGAAAUGAAAUGUGCAAUUAUGAGGCUUUUGGUGCUGAAAGCCGUCAUAAAUUGAUGUUGAAUUGGGAUGAAAAAAAUUAA